AUGGUUACACCAAAUACGACGAAUUCGAAAGGUUUGUUCCGAAUAGGUCGUCUUGUUAGCUCAGCGAAAGCCCAGGAUGAAAUAGCAGCUGAGCAAGACAAAAAGAUGAAAGAAAGAGAACAACUUAUAGAAGAACAGAAGCAAUUUAUUGAAUAUGAAAUUCAACGAAAUGAAGAAAAGAUUAAAUCCGAUACCAAACAACAUGAGGCAAGAAUUGUUCAACUGCACAACUCAUUAAAUAAGUUUGCAGCUUUGGAAGAUCUUAUGUUGGAUGAAGAGUUACAAGCAAGACAUUUGAGAGAGUGGAAUUUAUAUAUAAAAGAAGAUAGACUUCCAAAUCCGCCAAUUGUUCCCGAAAUGAAUACUUAUCUGCAUAAAUGGCACAUUAAUUUUGAUUCAUAUGAGAUGAAAAAUAUUCCAGAGAGAACAGAUGAAGUUUUGUCGUUGUUACAUAUUCUGGAAGAAUUCAUUGACUACCCAUUAGAAGCAAAUACUAGAUUAAGAGAAAACUGGAAAGAG